AUGGCAUCGAUAGACCGUUCUGCGGCCGUCCAAGACUUGGGAGGGUGUCUUGCUUGCGCAAGCGGCGCCACGCGUCUACCACAAUCAAAUCCACAAGCCGGACCGGCACCUGGACAGAUUCGUAAACUUCAGGCUUCGGUCUUCGCCCCGUUAGUGGAAUUCCUCGAGCUCGAACUGGACGUCGGACGCGGCAGACCCGGACGUCCUGGCAUAAUUUCCCCGUUGAGUGAUAUGGCCCAGUACGAAGUGCAUCUGCUGGCCACACUCUCAAAUCGUGAAGGCGUGCCGAGCUAUGACAAGAUGCCGAACUUGUUGAAGUUCUUCAUACUUCAAGUUGCCCAGGCACUCGGAGACUCUCAACCUUCGACGGCCGCUGCUGCUGCACUGCUGGACCUUUUUCACAUCCAUACAUGUUCCGAAUGGGUUUCCGACAAGGAUCAAUACGUCAUGGCGUUACCGCUCUAUGUACCGCGCAAGCCGACCCCCUGGAGUGGAAUACUCAAACAAGGCUCAGAUCAUACUCGUGUCGUAGUCGAUGCAGCACCGGGAUCCGACUUGGAUAGGCUCAUGUCCCUCAAGGCCAAUCUGAUGCGGGCCUGGUUAAACGCCACUGAGAACGAGCCGGAGGUUGUUGAUGCGAUGAUUGAGGAAUUCGAGGCAUUCGUCGAAUCCUAUCGUUCUCGCCGAGGCAGUGCGACUCCAUCGGUUGUAUCCCCCGAAUCCAAUGAGGGUGCGAGCCUUCCGCAAACUCCGAGUUCACAGAACGCAGGCAAUAUCGAUCGCAUUCUCUUCUCGUCUACGGCCGACGCUGGGCUUGCUCACAAAGCUCCCGCCGACCCGGAUCUCGAGCGGCUGGACAGACUAGAAUCAAGCUUGUUCUCUCCCAUCACGAUACCGCCGCCGGAUUCGAUCACCUUGACAAUGGAGAGCCCUGGAGUAUCCGGAGACGUGACACCAGGUCUACGCACACCUGCAAUUACAGCAUAUGUGUCGGGCAAGGACAAUGCCACGGCUUCGACUGGUCUCACUCCUGGGGGCUACCGUUCUGUGCAGUCAGGUGAAACCAUCCAGGAGCUUGAGCCUUUAGGCGAUCCAUUGCUCGGUUUACACUCAUAA